AUGUCACGAUAUCUUCAGUACGUUUGGCAUACCGUCAGUGCUGGUGAGCGACCAUGGCGUCCAGUUUACUUCGGAGGUUUUCCAGCGGUUCCUGAAGAUGAAUGGUGUAGUCCACAAAAUGGGAGCGCACCUUAUCAUCCGGCAACGCAUGGACAGGCCGAGCGAUACGUCCAGACGUUCAAGCAGAAAUUGAAGGCGUUGAAGUGUUCCAAGUCUCAGCUGAACCUGGAGCUGUCCAAUAUUCUUCUUACCUACCGCAAGAUGAUUCAUCCGUCUGCCGGGAAAUCACCGUCAAUGCUCGUAUUUGGUCGACAGAUUCGAUCGAGAAUCGACUUGCUGCUAUCGGAGAAUGAAACUUCAAGCAAGGCUGAUAUUGUUGUGCGUCAGUUCUUGGAUGGCGAUCGAGUACGUGUUCGCGAUUUCUUGUCGAGCAAUAAAUGGAAAUUUGGCAAGAUCGUCGAGAAGCUUGGAAAACUUUGUUAUACGGUGCGAUUGGAUGUGGGUCGAAUCUGGGAGCGUCACAUUGACCACGUCGUCGGUGUGGGCGCUAAUCUGCGGAGCGAUUCGGUUGACCUUCCAAAGGAGGAGUACAUUGAAUUCGUCGAACCUACAACUUCGGCUGCUGCGCCUGUGGGCCAAGCGGCUGCGAAUCAUGUUGAGGAAGCUACUGGUACAACACCGGUGGUUCGUUGA